GUUCAACACCUCCAGCAAAGACAAUCUGAUCCUAACGAUUAUUCUAGAGUAUUAGACAAAUAUAUAUCAGAAAGACCUCCAGACGGUUAUGGGGUGUAUUCAGAAAAAUUUAUUUAUCGUGAUCUUAUAAACCCAACUCCUUCGGCUAGUCAAAUUAUGGAAUCUCUAGUCAACGAUCUUUAUAAAAAAUUAUCAGAUAAAUUCUCGAAGAAAAAUGGAGGGAGUUGUCAAUACUGA